AUGCGCAUUACUGUGACCGGCUGCAUAAACUCAUCAGAGACGUCUGCGCACGAGAGACCUGGGACAUGGAGAGAGCUUCGUUCUGAGAGUAAGAGUUUUUCCCAGAAGGAAACCUUUGAGUCAGAGGCGAACGUCCUGCCAACAUGUUCAGCACCAAAAGACUGAAGAAGAAGUCCCAGUCGGUGGAUAUCGGCUCUCAAGGUUUUCCGGCACGGCUCAUCCCGAGUCUGUCCUUAAACAGAUCUUCACCACCUGUUGCCAAGACAACCACAUCUGAGGUGCAAGAAAACAACACCACCAAUUCCCAGCGCCGUGGUCCGCGGUGCAGCGAUCUCAAACGAGGAUACACAAUAGAUACCGGCCAGAAGAAGACGCCGGAGAAGAAGGAUGGAAGGCGGAUGUCGUUCCAGAGACCGAAGGGCACCAUUGAGUAUUCCGUGGAGUCGCGGGACACUCUGAACAGCAUUUCACUGAAGUUUGACACAACUCCCAACGAACUCGUUCAGCUCAACAAACUCUUCUCCAGAAAUGUGGUUCCCGGUCAGGUCCUGUAUGUCCCUGAUCCGGAGUACGUGUCCAGUGCGGGUAGCUCUCCCUCCUUCAGUCCCAGCAGCCCGCUCUCUCCCACCUCCUCAGAAGCUGACCUGGAGAAAGCGACCACGGACUCCAAUGGUCCACCUCGCUCCGAUGCUCCCGCCCCUCCUGUCUUCUCUGCCCUGCGGCCCUCCCGUGUGGUUUCCUCCACCUCGGAGGAAGAAGAGGCGCUGACAGAGAAGUUCCUCAAAAUCAACUGCAAGUACAUCACAGACGGCAAGGGUGUUGUUAGCGGAGUAUUGCUGGUGACCCCCAACAACAUCAUGUUUGACCCUCACCGGACGGACCCUCUUGUUCUGGAGAGAGGCUGUGAGGAGUAUGGCAUCAUGUGUCCACUGGAUGAGGUUCAGUCUGCAGCCGUUUACAGGGAGAUCACCGACAGCAAGAUCCGUGACUCCAUACCACCGGAUCUUGAAGCUGUCUUCUCUGGAAGCUCUCAUCAAACAGAUCAGCGUUACGACAGCGCCAGCACUGCCCCCCGCAGCACCGAGGGCUCCAUCUCAGAGGACGUUUUCACCGAGUCAGAGCUCUCGCCCAUCCGGGAGGAGCGGCAGUCUACGGAGGAGCUACAGCUUGAGGACAAGUCAUCAGGAGCCUCGUCCCAGUCUGUGCAGACCCUUCUCCAGGAACCUCAGAUGGCUGAGGGCAGCCAUACAGACAGAGAGGAGAAAAAGUCAGAGGAGGGAGAACCAGCCAGCGAAACUGCCCAGUCCAAACAUCCCAGCCAGGAACAGCCAAGCACACCCACCAGCAGGGACCACCAGCAACCAUCCCACUGCCAGACUGAAGAAGUCACCCCCUCCUCAAGUUCUCAGAGCUCGGCCCCUGGAGCAGGGGAGGCCCUGGGGCAGGAAAGCAGCCCAGAUGUGGCUAAACUGACCCGAGAUGGUACCCGAGAUUCAGAGACGGAUGUAGAAGAGCUGAGAAAGAUGUGGAAGAGUCACACUAUGCAACAAGCCAAGGAACAGCGAGAGAGUGUCCAGCAGGCCCAGAGAGAGAACGUCCAACAGUCUAUAAGCAGCCAGAGAUUGAGCUCUGCUGAAGGCCUCAUUGUGUCCAAGGAGAGGCAGAAGUCUCACAAGUUUCUAUGUCUACGGGUUGGCAAGGCCAUGAAGAAGACGUUUGUGUCCAACGCUAGCGCCUCCAUGCAGCAGUAUGCACAGCGUGACCGCAAGCAUGAGUACUGGUUUGCUGUUCCCCAGGAGAGGUCAGACCACCUGUACGUUUUCUUCAUCCAGUGGAGCCCAGAUGUUUUUGGGGAUGGAGUAGGAAGCAUCAGCCGUGAUCCUGGCUUCAUCGUGGUGAAGAAAAUCGAGGAGUCUGAGGCAAACGAGGAGCAGCAAACAGUAGACAUUUCAGCUAAAGAGUGGGAGGUAGUGUCAUGGACUGAGUACCACCGCCGGAUCGAUGCGUUAAACAGUGAAGAUCUGCGCUCCCUAUGCAAACGCCUCCAGAUCACCACGAAGGAGGACGUGAACUCCAAACAUGGCUCGUCCAUCACCGCCAGCCUGGAGCCGGAGACUUUCAAGCCCAACCUGAACGAACCCAGUGACCUUCUAGAGGCUGAGCAGAUAGAGAAGCUGGCGAAACAUCUUCCACCCAGAACUAUCGGUUACCCCUGGAAUCUGGCCUUCAGCACGUCUAAACACGGCAUGAGCAUUAAGACGCUGUACCGGGCCAUGCAGGACCAGGACUCACCCAUGCUGAUGGUCAUCAAAGACAGCGACGGACAGGUAUUCGGGGCUUUGGCGUCAGAACCCUUCAAAGUCAGUGAGGGUUUCUACGGCACAGGAGAGACUUUCCUGUUCAGUUUCUAUCCAGAGUUUGAGGCGUACAAAUGGACUGGAGAUAAUCUGUUCUUCAUUAAGGGAGACAUGGACUCUUUAGCCUUUGGUGGAGGGAGUGGCGAGUUCGGGCUUUGGCUGGACGGGGAUCUUUAUCACGGCAGGAGUCAUUCGUGCAAAACCUUCGGGAAUCCCAUGCUCUCCAUGAAGGAAGAUUUCUUCGUGCAGGAUAUUGAGAUCUGGUCGUUUGAGUAGCAGCUCACACGGAGGUACCUUUUUUUGUCGUUAGUUGGAGAGGGGAAUUGGACACGAGGCAGAUCCCAAACCUUACUGCACAUCACCGCGGCUCCCAGGAAGCCCGUAACGGACGCUACUGUUACCGCGCUUGUCGUAUGUUACUCCUGCAUUUAAUACAGAGCUCUUCUUUGUGCUGUUUAGUAUGUGUGUGUUUUGUUCAAGCCGUGUGCAGCGUCAAUAACCAACAGGACCCCCUGAGCACUUUUAACAUCGAGUGGAGAUGAUGAUGAUGAUGAUGAUGGUGAUGAUGGUGGCGGCCGCAUAGGGUUUGGGCUGCCCGAAAACUGCCAUAGUCCAAUUUACCUGAGCCAAAGCGCCAGGAGUUUGUUCAAGAGAUGAUGUUAGCCGAUAGGAUGUCACUACUGGAUCGAUGGGGAUUUUAAAAAAAAACAAAAAAAACUACGGAAAAAGAAAAACAAACAACUGAAAACACAUUCCCUUGCUCUCAGAGGAAGAAUAUGCAGUUUUGGGACGUCGACGGAUGGCGGUGGCGUCCGGGAGAAGACGACGACGACGACGACGACGCAUCCGUAGUUUCUUUCGAGGCGAAAUAUUCAAGUGUCGUGAAAUUCGUAGUCUUUCUGUCGUUCACUAUCAUAGCACACACCAUGUCGAAGCACAUAAUCGGAAACCCCAUAGUCGUAAUGUUCUGUUCAGUGGGUUUUACGUGUGAGUGUGGCUAACAUCGGCCCCUUCUCUUCGGAAAGGGUCGACUUUUACUGUUCGUAGGCAGAAAUGUGUCGCAAUAGAUUUGUGGAAUAUGCAAAUUCCUGUCCUGUGACCUCAAAUAAUCCAGACGGGGCACUUUUGUUUUCCCCGUUUCUCUUUCCGAGAGACCUUUUACGUCUUGACCGAUUAAUUGCUUUUCUGGGUAUCAUUUGAAAAGCCUGAGACGUGGUUUAAUUGUUUUUCAUGAAUAUGACAAUACUAUAUUUAUGUAUAUGAUUAUAUAUAUAAAUUCACAUAUAUAUAUAACUUACAAAUAUAUAUAUAUAAUGAUAUAUAUAUUGCUGUUAAGUGUGACAGUGAUCUUUUUUUGUGCUGAUAUCUCAGCUGUUACUAAUAUAUUGUAUAUUACCCUGUAAAUUAAUGUUAAAAUAGUAGAUUUGUUCCUAUAUAUAUAAAUAUAUAAAUGAAUAUACAGUGUGUGGAUUGGUGAGUUGCUUCUCGCACUUUAUUAAUCUAGUUUCAAGCCAGGUUCUUCAGGCCUCAUUAGCAGUAGCAGUACAGUAUAUAUUUUUGUUUAUUUGUCUUUUAGAUCAUAGGGUAAACGAAUCGUUUAUAAAGAGCUUGCUGCUACUGUGGAGAGGAAAAGUCUCAGCGGUCGAGCACAGGGUCGAACGUGACGGACUCCAGCAGGGAAAGUCUCUUCUUCUCACGUGUCCUGUCCCAGCGUUUUUUUUUCUGUCUGGUCUUUUGGGUUUUUUCGGUGUCUAGAUUGACUGUGCACACAGCGAGAGGAAGCCAAACGUCCUUUCAGAGUCGCAGACGAGAAGUGCAACAAAUCCUUCAUCUACUUCACCGGAAUAUAAUGUUACAGUGAUGUAUAAAGAACAAUGAAUACUAAUAAAUUGUUGUAACCUGGGACAGAA